AUGAAUAGCCAGAUUUACCAUCAGAAAACGCUACCGCGUUCAAACAAAUGGAGGCAGCUUGCUCGCAAGAAAUUGUCAUUUCUCAUUGCUUCUGAAAUUUCUUCAGUGAAGCAAUCGACUGUGGUACUGGAUACGCUGAAAAGUAUUCAGCCGUGCUUCGAUGGUGUUGGAUUAGCAAGUGCGAUUGCGUAUGCGAACAGUUGUGCUAAAAUCCCUCUGUGCCAAAUAGCCAGUGCGCUAGCCGCAGCAAAUGCACUGGAGAUGUGGGAUAUGUGUGCUGCAAUCGUGGAAGAACUUCGCCUUCUCGCCACACAGCCCAAAAACGCGCCGUUUGUGAUCGAGCUAGCAGUGCGCAGUCUAGAACAAGGUGCUGCCAAGCAAGUUAUCAAGGAACUUGGAAAUUUACAGCAAACACUGCCAUAUUUCGAUGAAGUGAUUGAGCAGCCGAACUUCCCAUCGAUGAGUCUGGCAUGCCUCGAGAAAUACAUCGCUCUGUUUCUUGAUGAGGUACAGUAUUUUUGCUUCACAAUUUUUAAAAUACAGCCUUGCGCGUCAUCAAAAGUGCCAAAAUAG